AGUUCAGAUCAGCUGAUGGGGGAGGCGGUGCCGCAGCCGCCUAGAGGCCCCGGCCGCCGAACGCUUGGUCCGGGCCCCGAGUCUCGGAGGCUGGCCGCGAUUCCCUUUCGCACCUCGCUGUGGGGCGAGGCCCGGUCCCGUCCCUCUCCCAGGCCUGAGAUCUUCGCCCGGCACGGCCGCCCUGAGCGCCCCGACCACUCCCAGCCCCGGCUCGCCCCUCAGGCCCCGGGCCUCCCCUCAGUCCCCGGCCGGCGGCCCAGGCCCCGGAUCCGCGGGGGGGGACCCGGCCCCGGGGGGAGCGGGCCCCAUGGAGCUGAUGUUCGCCGAGUGGGAGGACGGAGAGCGCUUCUCGUUCGAGGAUUCGGACCGCUUUGAGGAGGAUUCCCUCUGCUCCUUCAUCUCCGAGGCCGAGAGCCUCUGCCAGAACUGGCGGGGAUGGCGCAAACAGUCGGCGGGGCCCAACUCUCCUACCGGCGGCGGGGGCGGAGGUGGCGGCGGCGGUACCAGAAUGCGAGAUGGACUGGUGAUCCCACUGGUGGAGCUGUCAGCAAAGCAGGUGGCGUUUCACAUCCCAUUUGAAGUGGUGGAGAAGGUGUACCCCCCAGUGCCCGAGCAGCUGCAGCUCCGAAUUGCUUUUUGGAGCUUCCCUGAGAAUGAAGAGGACAUUCGGCUGUAUUCAUGUCUGGCCAACGGCAGCGCGGACGAGUUCCAGCGAGGGGAUCAACUGUUCCGCAUGCGGGCUGUGAAGGACCCACUACAGAUAGGGUUCCACCUGAGUGCUACAGUGGUACCGCCUCAGAUGGUCCCUCCUAAAGGGGCCUACAACGUGGCCGUGAUGUUUGACCGCUGCCGGGUCACUUCCUGUAGCUGUACCUGUGGGGCUGGGGCCAAAUGGUGCACCCACGUCGUGGCACUCUGCCUCUUCCGCAUCCACAACGCUUCCGCAGUGUGCCUGCGUGCCCCAGUCUCAGAGUCCCUGUCUCGGCUGCAGAGGGACCAGCUGCAGAAGUUUGCUCAGUACCUCAUCAGUGAGCUUCCUCAGCAGAUUCUUCCCACAGCCCAGCGUCUCCUGGAUGAACUCCUCUCUUCCCAGUCCACCGCCAUCAACACAGUGUGUGGAGCCCCAGACCCCACAGCAGGGCCCUCUGCCUCGGACCAGAGCACCUGGUAUUUGGACGAGUCCACGCUCACCGACAACAUCAAGAAGACUCUGCACAAGUUCUGCGGCCCCUCCCCCGUGGUCUUCAGGUGGCAGCUUUACCCACUACACCACAACGCCGGCCCCCUGCUCUCCUAUUUUCUUAGUGAUGUGAACUCAAUGUAUCUGUCUUCCACGGAGCCUCCGGCCGCUGCUGAAUGGGCAUGUCUGCUGCGCCCUCUGAGGGGCCGCGAACCCGAGGGCGUCUGGAACCUGCUGAGCAUUGUGCGGGAGAUGUUCAAGCGGAGGGACAGCAAUGCUGCCCCGCUGUUGGAAAUCCUCACUGACCAGUGCCUCACCUAUGAACAGAUAACAGGCUGGUGGUACAGCGUGCGCACCUCAGCCUCACACAGCAGCGCCAGCGGGCACACAGGCCGCAGCAAUGGGCAAUCAGAGGUGGCAGCCCACGCGUGCGCCAGCAUGUGUGAUGAGAUGGUCACACUGUGGAGGCUGGCCGUGCUGGACCCUGCACUCAGCCCCCAGCGCCGCCGGGAAUUGUGUGCGCAGCUGCGCCAGUGGCAGCUGAAGGUGAUUGAGAACGUAAAGCGGGGACAGCACAAGAAGACCCUGGAGAGGCUCUUCCCUGGCUUCCGGCCAGCCGUGGAGGCCUGCUACUUCAACUGGGAAGAGGCCUACCCACUUCCUGGUGUUACCUACAGCGGCACUGACCGGAAGCUGGCACUCUGCUGGGCCCGGGCCCUGCCCCCUCGGCCAGGUGCCUCACGUUCUGGGGGCCUGGAGGAAUCCCGUGAUCGGUCCCGACCUCUUCCUACUGAGCCAGCUGUGCGGCCUAAGGAGCCUGGGGCCAAGCGCAAGGGAUUGGGUGAGGGGGUUCCCUCAUCGCAGCGGGGUCCCCGCCGCCUCUCCACUGAAGGGGGAGAUAAGGCUCUGCAUAAGAUGGGUCCAGGUGGGGGAAAAGCCAAGGCACUGGGAGGGUCUGGCAGUGGCGGCAAGGGCUCGGCAGGCAGCGUGAGUAAGCGACGGCUGAGCAGUGAGGACAGCUCCCUGGAGCCAGAUCUGGCAGAGAUGAGCCUGGAUGACAGCAGCCUGGCCCUGGGUGCAGAAGCCAGCACCUUUGGCGGAUUUCCCGAGAGCCCUCCACCCUGCCAUCCCUCUGGUGUGUCUCGAGGGCCUUCUGCCUUCCUUCCUGAGCCCCCAGAUACUUAUGAAGAAGAUGGGGGCGUGUACUUCUCCGAGGGGCCUGAGCCUCCCACAGCCUCUGCUGGGCCCCCUGGUCUGCUGCCUGGGGAGGUCUGCACCCGGGACGAACUCCCUUCCACAGAUGAGAGUGGCAACGGGCUCUCCAAAACCAAAGAGGCAGCCCCAGCAGUUGGAGAGGAAGAUGACGACUACCAGGCUUAUUAUCUGAAUGCCCAGGAUGGGGCUGGGGGCGAGGAGGAGAAGGCCGAGGGCGGGGCUGGGGAGGAGCACGACCUGUUUGCUGGGCUAAAGCCGCUGGAACAGGAGAGCCGCAUGGAGGUAUUAUUUGCCUGUGCUGAGGCCCUGCAUGCGCACGGCUAUAGCAGUGAGGCCUCUCGCCUCACGGUGGAGCUUGCCCAGGACCUGCUAGCCAACCCACCCGACCUCAAGGUAGAGCCGCCCCCUGCCAAGGGCAAGAAGAACAAGGUAUCCACAAGCCGUCAGACAUGGGUGGCUACCAACACCCUGACCAAGGCAGCCUUCCUGUUGACGGUGCUAAGUGAGCGCCCAGAGCAUCAUAACCUGGCCUUCCGAGUUGGCAUGUUUGCCUUGGAGCUGCAGCGGCCCCCAGCUUCUACCAAGGCCUUGGAGGUGAAGCUAGCAUACCAGGAGUCUGAGGUGGCCACUCUACUCAAGAAGAUCCCUCUGGGUCCCAGUGAGAUGAGUACCAUGCGGUGUCGAGCUGAAGAGCUUCGGGAAGGGACGCUCUGUGACUAUCGGCCUGUGUUGCCCCUCAUGUUGGCCAGUUUCAUCUUUGAUGUUCUCUGUGCUCCAGUGGUUUCUCCCACGGGUUCCCGGCCCCCAAGUCGCAACUGGAGCAAUGAGAUGCCUGGGGAUGAGGAACUGGGAUUUGAAGCAGCAGUUGCUGCCUUGGGCAUGAAGACAACUGUGAGCGAGGCAGAACAUCCCCUCCUGUGUGAAGGCACACGUCGGGAGAAGGGUGACCUGGCGUUAUCACUGAUGAUCACUUACAAGGACGACCAGGCCAAGCUCAAGAAGAUCUUGGAUAAACUUUUGGACCGAGAGAGCCAGACACAUAAGCCACAGACGUUGAGUUCUUUCUACUCAUCUAGCCGCCCAGCAGCCGCCAGCCAGAGGUCUCCGUCAAAGCACGGGGGCCCGUCUGCCCCUGGGGCCCUGCAACCACUGACCUCAGGCUCUGCAGCAGCUGCUCAGCCAGGGAGUGUGGCAGGGGCUGGGCCAGGCCCCACUGAGGGCUUCACAGAGAAGAAUGUGCUUGAAAGUUCCCCCCAUUCCCCCUGUGAAGGUCUUCCAUCUGAGGCAGCUUUGACCCCAAGGCCGGAGGGGAAGGUUCCCAGCCGUCUGGCACUUGGCAGUCGAGGAGGCUACAAUGGACGGGGCUGGGGCUCCCCAGGGCGGCCUAAGAAGAAGCAUACAGGUAUGGCCAGCAUUGACAGCAGUGCCCCUGAAACAACAUCGGACAGCUCCCCCACCUUAAGCCGGAGGCCACUUCGAGGGGGCUGGGCCCCCACCUCCUGGGGUCGAGGACAAGACAGUGACAGCAUUAGCAGCUCUUCCUCAGACUCCCUGGGCUCCUCAUCCUCCAGUGGAAGUCGCCGAGCCAGUGCCAGUGGAGGGGCCCGGGCCAAGACGGUUGAGGUUGGCAGGUACAAGGGCCGCCGCCCCGAGAGUCAUGCCCCCCAUGUACCCAAUCAGCCAUCAGAGGCAGCUGCACACUUCUACUUCGAGCUGGCGAAGACGGUGCUGAUCAAGGCAGGGGGCAACAGCAGCACUUCCAUUUUCACACAUCCAUCUUCCUCAGGGGGCCACCAGGGUCCUCACCGCAACCUGCACCUUUGCGCCUUCGAGAUCGGGCUUUAUGCCCUUGGCCUGCACAACUUUGUCUCUCCCAACUGGCUCUCCCGUACCUAUUCUUCCCACGUUUCUUGGAUUACAGGCCAGGCAAUGGAGAUCGGCAGCGCAGCCCUGACUAUACUGGUAGAGUGCUGGGAUGGACAUCUGACACCCCCUGAGGUGGCGUCACUGGCUGACAGGGCAUCACGGGCACGAGACUCCAAUAUGGUGAGGGCGGCAGCAGAGCUGGCCCUAAGCUGCCUGCCUCAUGCUCAUGCGCUGAACCCCAAUGAGAUCCAGCGGGCCCUGGUGCAGUGCAAGGAGCAGGACAACCUGAUGUUGGAGAAGGCCUGCAUGGCAGUGGAAGAGGCGGCUAAGGGUGGGGGCGUAUACCCCGAAGUAUUGUUUGAGGUUGCUCACCAGUGGUUCUGGCUAUAUGAGCAAACAGCAGGUGGCUCAUCCACAGCCCGCGAAGGGGCUACAAGCUGUAGUGCCAGUGGGAUUAGGGCAGCUGGGGAGGCUGGGCGGGGGCUGCCUGAGGGCAGGGGGGGCCCGGGGACUGAGCCAGUUACAGUGGCGGCAGCAGCAGCAGCAGUGACAGCAGCAGCCACCGUAGUGCCAGUCAUCUCAGUCGGGUCCAGUUUAUAUCCAGGUCCAGGUCUGGGGCAUGGUCACUCUCCUGGCCUGCACCCCUACACUGCUCUACAGCCCCACCUACCCUGUAGCCCUCAGUACCUCACACACCCAGCUCACCCUGCCCACCCCUUGCCUCAUAUGCCCCGGCCUGCUGUCUUCCCUGUGCCCAGCUCUGCAUACCCACAGGGUGUGCAUCCUGCAUUCCUGGGGGCUCAGUACCCUUACUCGGUGACUCCUCCCUCACUUGCUGCCACUGCUGUGUCUUUCCCCGUCCCUUCCAUGGCACCCAUCACAGUACAUCCCUACCAUACAGAGCCAGGGCUGCCACUGCCCACCAGUGUGGCCUUGAGCAGCGUCCACCCAGCAUCCACAUUUCCAGCCAUCCAGGGUGCCUCACUGCCUGCCCUGACCACGCAGCCGAGCCCUCUGGUGAGCGGGGGCUUCCCACCGCCCGAGGAGGAGACCCACAGUCAACCAGUCAAUCCGCACAGCCUGCACCACCUGCACGCUGCCUACCGUGUCGGAAUGCUGGCGUUGGAGAUGCUGGGUCGCCGGGCACACAACGAUCACCCCAACAACUUCUCCCGCUCUCCCCCAUACACUGAUGAUGUCAAAUGGUUGCUGGGGCUGGCAGCAAAGCUGGGAGUGAACUACGUGCACCAGUUCUGUGUGGGGGCAGCCAAGGGGGUGCUGAGCCCGUUUGUGCUGCAGGAGAUCGUCAUGGAGACGCUGCAGCGGCUGAGCCCUGCUCAUGCCCACAACCAUCUGCGUGCCCCGGCCUUCCACCAACUGGUGCAGCGCUGCCAGCAGGCAUACAUGCAGUACAUCCACCACCGCUUGAUCCACCUGACCCCUGCCGACUACGACGACUUUGUGAAUGCGAUCCGCAGUGCCCGCAGCGCCUUCUGCCUGACACCCAUGGGCAUGAUGCAGUUCAACGACAUCCUGCAGAACCUCAAACGCAGCAAACAGACCAAGGAGCUGUGGCAGCGGGUCUCACUCGAGAUGACCACCUUCUCCCCCUGAGUCUGGCCCCCAUUGGGCCCUAUACAGGGACACAGGCCUGUGGCUAUGGGGGCCUUUCACACAGUGGGAGUGAAUCUUGGCUGGACAGAUCAUCCCCACUCAGUUCCCUGGUAGCCCAGACUGGCAGCUGCUCUUGGGCUGUAGCUUGGGGCCAAGAUGUCUCAGACCCUAGAAGCCUAGGGCUGGGAGAGACAGCCCUGUCUGGGAGGGGGCGCUGGGUGGCUUCUGGUAUUUAUUUGGCAUUUAUAAAUAUAUAAACUCCUUUUUUACUCUA